AUGGCAACUAGAGUUCCAGUUGUGAGGGAGCACAGGUUUGGUCCUCCACCACCAUGGGCACCUGGUGGAAGGGGCAGAGGUGCAGGGAAUAUGAGUAAAAGUCAGACGCCACCAGGAGGACUGAAGGGACCAUGGCAAAGCCAUAAUCAGCACCAUCAGCAAAAACCUCAACAAAAAAUGCAGCAACAGCCAUCACACCACCAACACCCACCACCACUGUUACAACAACAUCCACUGCCAGCACAGCAACAUCCAUCUCCUCCACAACAACACCCACCUCCUCCACAACACACUUCACCCCCACAACAGCACCCGCCACCACCUCCACCAGAGCAGCAGCAACAAGAACAAGAACAAGAACUUGAACAGGAACAAGAACAACAGCAACCACCACCACCACCUUUGCCACCUCCACCACUUCCACACGAGCAGCAAAAUGUCCAAAAAUCUGACCAAGAAUCUCAGUUGAAAGAUGGAAUUGCCAAUCAGACACCAGUGCAACAAAAUUCAAAUGGUGCUGACUUAAGUGUAAGGAAACAUACACUGAAUGAGAAUGGGGGAGAUAAUGGAUCAAGCCUGCCAGACAAAAAGAAGCCAGUCUUACCUAAGGAACUAACCUCUAAAUUUGGUCCAUUAAAAUGUGAUCUCUGUAAAGUUUCGGUAAAUUCAACAGUUCAGGCCAAAAUGCACUAUACUGGGAAGCAGCAUGAUAAAAAAGUGACCCAGUUCCUUGCCAAUUGGAGCCAAGAGACUGGUGAACCUAUUCCUUUGAGAUUGAAAGAUGGUGCAUCAGCUCCAAAGAAGGCACGAGUGGAUCCACGUUAUCUAUAUUGCUCGGUAUGUGACUUGGCACUGACUUCACAACAACAUGCAGAGCAACACUUUAUGGGGCGAAAUCAUCAACGUGCUUUGGAAGGACAUGCACCACUUAAGGCUGGUUACUUCAACAAGGAAACUGGACGAUGGCAACGGUACCCACUGUCUGAAAAAUCUGAACCAGCAGGAAGAUAUCCAGUUUCUCCACAAGCAACUGAUCAUCAUGGUCUCUUGGAUUCCUUACCAGACCCAUCUUCUGCUAAGAAAGGAAGGUUUUUCUGUGAUUUGUGUCAAGUGGCAGCUACAUCUCAGGACCAAUUGGACAUGCAUUUUAAUGGCAGUAAACAUAAGAAAGCAGAGAAGGCAGCAGGUGGUGCAGCGCUUGCUGGAAUAUGGAAAGCACCUGCUCCUGUGGUUGUGCCCAUCCCACCUCCAGUGCCAACUGAUUCUAUCCUUGCUAGUGUUAUUAAGACUGAAGAUAGCACAUCUCGCAAAGCAGGGAUCAAAGAUUAUUCUAUAUAUAGGACACCUUCAGGUCAGUUCUACUGCCAACCCUGUAAUCUUACAUUAAAUUCUGAAGCACAGUUUGCACAACAUUGUGAAAGCAAGAAACACAAGUUUAAAUUGGCAACUGUGAAGAAACCAUAUCUAAACAAGUCACUAGGGAGAAUUGGUACCUAAAUUCAACAUGCUAGCAUGAAGUAGAUGAUGAAAAAUAAGAAAUAAGUUAGUCACAUGUGUAAAUUGUCAGCUACUUUAUUAGAAAAUUUGUUUUAAUUGUCUGAAGUUAUAAUUUUAAUAUGUUAAGCAGUUAAUUUAUAUGUGCAUUAUUUUAGAAAGUAAAUUGUAUAUCACAUUUGAAUUUGUCAGGAGUGAGCAUUUACAGUGUUUUAGUUUAAUGAUCGUUGCUGUGUGAAAUAUCACUCUUGCACGAAUAGUAUUAUUUUACUGUAGCAAAAUUGUGAUUGUGAUUUUAAAGUGUCAUUUUUAUGUUUAGGAACAUAUCACAAGAUAAUGUUCCUUCCACUUCCAGCUGUCUUUAAUAUACAGUAAACAUUCAAAGUGCUGUCCAUAUAAAUGAUAGUGUUUUGAUCUCAUGUAUUAUUAAAGUUAAAAAAAUCUUAAGGCUGUUUUCAGCGUAUGUUGACCUUAAAGACAUGUCUAUUGAAUUGAUUUACUCAUUGUAAAGAUGUGUAUGCAUGUAUGUUGUUUUAGAUAAUAAUUAAAAAAUGCAUUUUGCGCAGUGAUAUUAGUAUAUGUUUUUUAUUUGCAAAUAAAAAGAUUGGCAUUUAAAGUUCAAACCUCAGUCAAUGUAAAGUGUGUGUGAAUGCAUCCAAUAGAAGCAGUAUUUCCAUCAAAACUGUUCUUUGCAUAUUUAUUUUUUAAAUUGCAAUUCAUCAGAGAAAAACUGUUGGAGAAAUUUAUAUAUGUGGCUCUUAUAAAUACCACCAAAUAAUCACCAACUAGGACACAUGUUCAUGUUCAUACUAUGUGGAAAGCAUCUUGCCAAGUAGGUUUAUAUUAAUUUUAUAUUGCCAUUGCAUUUCCUAUGAAAUAUCUUGGCUGUUAAUUUUAGAUUCAUUACAUUAAACAUGCAUGUAAUUUUACUGUUCAUUUCAACUGUCAUAUACAACUGUAUUUUGAUGAAAUACAAUAUUUUGAAACAUAAUCAGUCCUUGUAGUUAGAAGUA